AAAUAAACUUCAAAAGAUAAACUUUCUAGUUUAGGAAAUCUUUCAUUUUCGCUUCUCUCAAUUUUCGAAAGAGUAAUAGUUGGGGACGAAGUUGAUUGGUUGACAAACACGUGACGUUGAACUCUGAGCCUAUAAGUAAAGCGUUACUUCCUCGGUUCCUGAAUCAGAAGAUAUUACAAAUAAAGGUAAGUAAGACGAAGAAAAGAGCUCUGCUUAAACUUUUCUUUACUUUUUAUUGUUGUUUCGUUUUAUCACUCUUUUAUUUUCCUUUUCUUUAAAUAUUUAUAGCUUGAAUGUUUUAUAUCGGAGAGACAGACAACAAUUCAGCGAAGCCCUUUUCAAAAUGUCUCCAAACAAAGAGACUUAUAAAUAUUUUGUUAAAUCAAGAGAGUAAAUUAAAAUAGUUUACAGCAAUGAAUACAUAUACAUAUUGUAUAUGCUGUAUAGAUAUAUAGAUAUAGGUUCAUACGUAUUUAACUAGAUGCUUAGUUUCUUAAUUAAACAAAGUUGUGCAUAUGUUUUAAAUUCAAUGUGUAUAUUCAUAUAAGACUUGAUAGAAGACUAAAGAAAAUUUACGAUACAUCAGUAUAUGUUAUAUAUAGAGGUGUAUGCUUUUAAAACAUAUACACCUCUUGGAAGAGAGGAAGAAAAAAGUAUUGCUACUUUGUAGCUAGAAACGGUUAUGCUCCUUUAUUCUAUAAAUAUUUCCUGCACUUAAUUUUUCUUUACCCUAACAAUAUUGCCCCCUUUUAUCAGAGGCACCUCUUAAUGAAAAAGUCAAUAAGUUAGUAUAGGAGAAAUAGCAGGUCGCAGAACAGAUAUAAGGUAUAAGUCCUGCCUAAGCUGAUGCACCUUUGUUUGACAAGCGCCUUUGGCAGACUAGUACUUGAUGACGUAACGUAAUCUUCUCGUAUUCUUAAUCCAGAUAUGGCAUACGUUAUUCGCUCGCUUUUCCUCAUCGUACUCUUAGUCAACGGUCUUUUCGUCAAUGCCGAAAACACUCAAUCAAAGAUGGUGGACGGUUUUUCACCAAAGACGGCACUGCAACUGGCUGCUAUAGGAAGAAGAUUACUAAGAAUAGCUGCUGAAAUGAGAGGCGACGUUGAUGCCAAGAAGAGGAAUUCUGGUAUGCUCGAUGCUCUAAUAAAUAUUCCCGACUUUUUCAAUUCUGGCCGUCGUUAAAUAACGAAAAAGAAAAAUGAAAAGUUUUUGAAAAAGAACUUUAUCUGAUCUCCAACUUUGAAUGAGACUAUUUAAUGUCAAUGAAAUAAAAUUUAUCAGAUCGAAAUACAUACAGAAUCUUAUCCAAGUUUUUCCCAAAUAUUUAAACAAUCAGUUCAAUAGAUAACUAAUAAACUGAAGAAAACUGAA